AUGGAUGAUUGUGGGUGGUCGAUUUCUUUUAAUGCAAAAAAUGCUUUACAAUACGGUGACAGUGACGCCAGUGGCUUCCCCAUGAGAUUUUCCCAAAUACUGCUGCACUGCUUUAUAGGCUCGGUGAUGACCAGGUUUACUCUAUGUCCACCAUUUGCCACCAAUAAUUUCAAAAAAUACGUUGGGAUAACUAUCUGUGGAAUGGUUUCAUCUUUUCUAUUAUGGAUGGAGUUGGACGUGGGUAAAACGCUUUAUGAUGAUUUAAAAUUGACCCCCAGAGCAUCAAAGCCUGAAAUUGACUUUGUAUAUGCUAGAUUUAUAGCUAAUGAAGGAAUAGAUCACGUCACGGCGGAAAAGGCCAGGUAUGCCCAUAGCAUACUCACCGACGACAAGUCUAGGGAGUACUACAGCAAAUACGGAGAUUUGUUUAACGAUGACUCAACAGAUUCAAUCAUCUUGAAUGCCAUAACACUAGCUUUCUCGAGACAAAUGAUCGUAUACUCAAUUGGUUACUUUUUUACAUAUUCAAAAUACCUAAAGUUCUCUAGACAAUUAUUCUUCAUAUACAAUAUAUUGGCAUUCGGUUUGGUGCUAGAAUUGAGAUUAGUCAAGGGGAAUGGAUCAUUUUCUGGGACUCAUCUUUUUGAAGGAAUUUUAAGAUUCCAAAUCAUAGAACUAAUACAUUCAAUCUUCCCAUCAAUAUUUACGCUUUGUUGCAUGAUAUCGUGUCUUGUUUUCGUGGAUGAUCAACAAGAAAUAAUUUCUAUGAUGAAGGGAUCUAUGUCUACGGAAAAGGUGCUGCUUGAUAAAAUAUCGCAACUUGAAUCAAUUAAUAACUCCAAAAUGGAAUCUCCCCAUGAUUAUUCCGAGCAAAUUGUGGAAGAUGUUAAGAAUCUGGUGGAGACCAUGAAUGAUAGUCAAAAAGGGUCAUUUGAAAGAAUUCUUAAGCACAUAGCCGGGUCCCGUCGAGUCAAGCUGCCGAAAAGACAAAUUUGGUACAAGUCUGGACCGAUUUACAUCUUUCUAUGGGCACUAGUAUAUGUUUUCUGGCAAUCACUCAGUCAUUAA